CACACGUUGUUGGUAUUUAUUGCUUUAUUACUGUUUUAAACUGCACAAAGUUCACAUUGAAUUAUAUUAAUAUUUUUUAAAUAAUUUUGACAGCAAUUAUAAUAUUUUCAAAUUUUAGUUUAAAAAAAAUUUUGGUCCUAUAACUUAUACUAUAUUUUAAAACACAAAUUCCAAUUUAUCGCCGCUCAACGUACGAAACACACAACACCCUCAAGUCGCCAACGAUUCCGCUCAACUGUCACUUGUUUGGCGCUCAAAAUACACUGUUAAAAAUUUUCCAAAAAUUGAAGUAUGCAAAUUAUUUUUGUAAGUAGCAAGACACAGAGCUAAAGUGUUGAGUUCAAAGUACGAAAUUUUCUAUUGGCAAUUGCAUUAUUUAUUAGUGAAAUAUAUUUUAAAACGAAAUUCCUGUGCACGUUCGAAUUCUAUAAGAUAAAUAAGACAAUAUGGAAGAUGCGAAACCAGAGGCGUCCGGCUUUAUGUCAAUCGUUAACGAAAUUAUCUACAGCCCCAUGAACUUGGGUUUAGUUUUAAUCAUUGCAUUCUUGAUCUACAAAAUCAUCAAGGACCGCAUCGAAGUUCCCAAUGCUGUCGCGCAGAGACCAGCACAGGUUGAACUACCCAAGUUGCGGCGCGAUUUUACUAUACAAGAAUUGCGACAGUUCGAUGGCUCCCAACCAGAUGGACGUGUGCUGCUUGCAGUCAAUGGCAAAGUGUAUGACGUCACGAAAGGAAAACAAUUCUAUGGGCCAGGUGAGUACACAAACAAAAACAGUCAAUAAACGUGCGUAGGGAUA